GCCAGGGACCACAGUCGGACGUUGAGAAGUUACGCUCUGGCUCACUGCGCAGUUACGACAUUGGUGUCUUCUCGCUACCAGAUCAAGUCUUUUCUACUCAUCCCCUCUGGUCUAGCAAUCAUGCCUCCAAAGCGAAGAGCCGCAGACAUCUCCCGCGACCCGUCAUCCUCUGAAGAUGAAGAAACCGUCCGACCAAGCCGACGCCGACAUGUCCAGUCUAGUGAGGAAGAAGAACAAGAAGAACAAAACAAUUCCGAUGCUUCAGUCAACUCAGAUCUUGGUGCCUCGCAAAUCGGACCUCGUGUCCACCAGAGAGCGUUGAUCAAGAAGCUCGUGCGACUGGCCCUGGCCACGGAAUACUCUCGUACCCCUCUGCGAAGAAACGACAUUACGACCAAAAUCUUCAAGGAUGGCAGCGGUUACAGGGCGGGAUCCUCGCGCAAUUUCCGUGCCAUUUUUGACGGUGCCCAGGCAAUUCUGAAAGACACGUUUGGAAUGCAGCUGGUGGAACUUCCCGCAAGAGAGAAGACCAGCUUAAGAGACCGACGCAAUGCCACCACACAGACCAAAAGCACCACAUCCACCACCAAGAACUGGAUCCUAACCUCCAUCCUCCCACCACAAUUGAAAACCAACCCAACAAUCAUCCAACCAACACAAGCUCCUAGUGUUCCAAUUGAGUCAUCCUACACCGCCUUGUACACAUUUAUCAUCUCCCUCCUCUACCUCAACAACAACUCUCUCACAGAUCAGAAACUCAUUCGAUAUCUCAAGCGAGUGAACGCCGAUGCUCAAACUCCUGUCGGGAAUCUCGAUAAGGUUCUGCAGCGGAUGCAGCGGGAUGGCUACCUGGACAAACGACGAGACACAGUCAUGGGGGAGGAGGUGGUUGAAUGGUACGUGGGACCCAGGGGUAAGGUGGAAGUGGGAGCAAAGGGAGUAGCAGGGCUCGUUCGGAGUGUCUAUGGUCACGGAGCGGUGCCCUUGAGUGGGAGACCUCGUGGUGCUGCUGGGGAAGGACAGUCUGACGCCCCGCCCCUCGUCAAAAUGGAAGAGGAAGAGCUCGAAUCCAGAUUGUUAAGAAGCCUAGGCGUCAAAAUCGACACGGGUCGCAAGUCUCAGACUCAACAAGCCAUCAAUGUUGACACCAAUGAGGAGGACGAAGAAAACGAUAAUGACGCUCAUGAUCGACGGCGGAAUGUCAAAACAGAGGCCGGACCUUCGAGGAGGCAGACCAGAGCGGGCCCUGCUCGAGCACGUACUGGAAGGCGGAGACGACCAGCCGAUGAUGACGACUCAGAUAGUAUCUAA